CAUUGAAGCUGAUUCCUAAGUAACAGUGAUGAGACGGCAGGGUCAAUAUACCGACUCUGGUGGCAAUACAUAUGUCUCUGCUCAAAUGCAGCAUAUGCCCUCGCAGAGGAUGGAACACAACUCUGGUCCUUUUCAAGGACAACUAGAAGCAUUUACUCCUGAGAGGGAUCAGCCUUAUGAAACUCCAAAAUCAGAUGGACAGUGGAGAUGGGAAAGAGAUGGAUCGAAAGUGUCAAAUCCAAUGGCAGCAAAAAUGUUCAAUGAAGGCCAAGGGACUGAUGGAUCAAGAACUUAUUUCCAGGGCCAGAGGCCAGAUCCCAACCUAUCUUUAGAAAAGCAAAAUGUUGAUCUCAGAUCUCAACCCUGUGAAGAAAAUAUGGAAGUUGGCUAUGAGCAAAAUCUUUUAUCACAAACUUUGGAAGGUCUUGAGAAGAAAUUCGUUGAUGACAUAAUGAAGCUUGCCAAAGAACAGAAUGAUGCUGAGGAUGCUGAAAAUAUUAGACAUAGGGAGAAAAUAAAUGCAAUCAAUGCUCAGUAUCAGGAACAGCUAGCAGCGCUUCGAGCUCGGCAUGCUAAUCGUAGGGAUGAGUUCCUGCAACAAGAAUCUCUUGUACGUCAACAACAAUACCAGCAGGCCACAAUGGACCAUUAUCCUCAUAGCAGCAUGGCUCCAGCCGAUACGAUGCUGACUGGUAAUCCUCGUAGUUACAGUGGCGUUGCAGGUUCAGCUGCUGUUGGAGAUGGCCAUCGAGGCUAUAACUCUAAUAAUUUUGACUCCUACAGAGAGAGGGCUCGAUUUCUUGGGGGUGACAGAGAUCAGGGUUUUGAACCUAGAGGUUCAUACCCCGGGGGCCGUGUGUAUGAUACUGGUUCACGUUACUACUGAAAUUGCUUAGAUUAACUUUCCUUAGCCACAUCCUCCAGGUAUAGUUCUGAUGAUUAGCCCACAUAUAUACUGACAUGCUAUCCCGAAGAUUAUGUUUUAUUUUCUGCAGUUCUCUGCAACAUGCUGGUAUCUUGUUAUGAUUCAUGUUUGAAAAAGCCAAUAUUCAUUUUUCUCA